GCCAAAGUCCCGCCUCACAAGUAAGUCUCCUCCGGCCGGGACUUGAGACUAUAAAAUGAAGGAAACAGUCAGUACUGAGUUCGAGUUUGAUUUCGAACUAAUCUGACAUUUUAAAGCAGGUGAAAUGCUCUGAUCGCUGCACACCCAGUGAGACGUCGCUGUCGCCUGUCAGUUUCCUCUCAAUUCCAAGCACCAAGCUUUCACCCGGGCUGCACGGAGCUCACCAUGGCUGGAGACGGCUCCGACCAGCGGGCGCUGCAGUAUGAACAAACUCUGAUGUAUGGGCGCUACACCCAGGAGCUGGGGGUGUUCGCCAAAGAAGAAGCAGCUCGACUGAGGGAGAGUGGGCAGAGGCGUUCGGUCAGUGAGCGAAGCCGAAAAUUGGACCUGCUGGAAUAUGACAAAGGACGCUGUGCUAAGUGUCGCAGGUCAGGGUAUCCAUAUGUUCUAGAAGCACCACCCCAGGACUUUAUCUCUGUUUGCACUGUUCGCUGCCAGAAGUUCCUGAUCUCGCGGGUCGGGGAGGACUGGAUCUUCCUUAUCCUGCUGGGACUCGUCAUGGCGUUGGUCAGCUGGGUGGUGGACUUCUGCAUUGCCAUCUGCCUUCAAGCACAGAAGUGGAUGUAUGGUGGCCUGGACAGUAAUGUUUUCCUGCAGUACCUGGCCUGGGUCACAUAUCCUGUAGUACUCAUCACCUUCUCAGCUGGCUUCACUCAGAUUCUUGCUCCGCAGGCUGUUGGUUCAGGUAUUCCGGAGAUGAAGACCAUCUUGCGGGGAGUUGUACUGAAGGAGUACCUCACCUUCAAAACGUUUGUGGCUAAAGUCAUCGGCCUAACCUGCGCCUUGGGCAGUGGAAUGCCGCUGGGCAAGGAGGGUCCGUUUGUCCACAUUGCCAGUUUAUGUGCAGCUCUCCUCAGCAAGUUCAUGUCUCUAUUUGGAGGAAUUUAUGAGAACGAGUCAAGGAACAUUGAGAUGCUAGCCGCAGCUUGUGCAGUGGGAGUUGGUUGCUGUUUUGCAGCCCCGAUAGGAGGUGUUUUGUUCAGUAUUGAAGUAACUUCCACAUUCUUUGCGGUGAGGAACUAUUGGAGAGGUUUCUUUGCUGCGACCUUUAGUGCCUUCAUCUUCAGGGUGCUUGCUGUUUGGAACAGAGACGAAGAGACAAUUACAGCCCUGUUUAAAACUCGCUUCCGACUAGAUUUCCCAUUUGACCUCCAGGAGUUGCCUGCUUUUGCUGUCAUUGGCAUUGCCAGUGGUUUUGGCGGAGCUUUGUUUGUGUACCUAAAUCGACUUAUUGUCCAGUUCAUCAGAAAUCAAAAGGCCAUCAACAGAUUCCUCAUGAAAAAGCGUCUUCUGUAUCCGGCACUGAUAACUCUGCUAGUUUCCACAUUAACGUUUCCACCUGGCUUUGGGCAGUUCAUGGCUGGCAAGCUCACCCAGAAGGAAUCACUUGUGACUUUGCUUGACAACCGCACUUGGGCCAAACAGGGCAUUGCUGAAGAGUUUGACUUCAUGGGACACUCCCAGGCCUGGCAACAUCCGCAGGUCAAUGUAUUUGUCACACUGGUCCUCUUCAUUGUCAUGAAGUUCUGGAUGUCUGCCCUGGCCACAACUAUUCCAGUACCCUGUGGGGCCUUCAUGCCAGUAUUUGUUAUAGGAGCAGCAUUUGGUCGUCUGGUGGGAGAAAGCAUGGCGGCCUGGUUCCCAGAUGGCAUUAACACAGAUGGCACCAUCUACCCCAUUGUGCCAGGAGGUUACGCUGUUGUUGGUGCGGCAGCAUUGUCAGGGGCGGUGACCCAUACAGUUUCCACUGCAGUGAUUGUGUUUGAGCUGACUGGGCAGAUCUCUCACAUCCUGCCCGUGAUGAUAGCAGUGAUCCUCGCCAAUGCUGUGGCACAAUCGCUGCAGCCCUCCCUCUACGACUCAAUCAUCCGUAUCAAGAAGCUGCCCUAUCUCCCAGAGCUGGGAUGGGGACACCAUGAGAAGUACAAUAUUCGUGUGGAGGACAUCAUGGUGAGGGACGUGCGCUAUAUCACACUCAGUUGCUGCUACAGAGACCUGCAUAAUGUCCUCCUGACGGGUCAGCUCAAAACUCUGGCGCUGGUGGAAUCAGCUGCCUCUAUGAUUCUCUUGGGCUCCAUUGAGCGUGCUCAGCUCCAGGCGCUGCUCUCCCUGCAGCUAGGACGCUCUCGCCGCCUGGAGUUCAUCAGAGAGCGGGCAGCAGCAGAGAAGAAGCGUCAGUCUGUUGUCUCUAAUUCUGACAAUGAAGAUAACCUCCACAGAGCGAGUCAGGAGGUCCGCUUCCAGAUCUCUACUGAAGAAUCAACAAUCAGCCCGACUCGUCCAGUUGCUCUCAAGCCUCUGAAACCUGCUCUAAAAAGACCCUCUGCAGUAGAGCGGCCAAUUGAUAUCCCUAUUGGCUCACAGAAUCAUUCAAACAACUCUAGCCUAAAGAACUUGUUUUGCGCCAGUCCAGAUGCAGAACUCAUGGAGGACGAUGAUGUGGAAGAUGACAUGACACUCAGAGAGAUUGCAGAUUGGGAGGAGAUGCAGCUCGAUGAGCAGGUCAACUUUAACAACUGCAAGAUUGAUCCUGCCCCAUUCCAGCUCGUGGAACGCACAUCACUGCAUAAGACGCACACGAUUUUCUCCCUGCUGGGCUUGGACCACGCCUAUGUCACAAGUAUUGGACGUCUCAUUGGGGUUGUUUCCCUUAAAGAGCUUCGCAAAGCAAUCGAGGGCUCUGUGACGGUGAAAGGCGUGAAGGUGCGCCCACCUCUGGCCAGUUUCCGGGAGAGCGGCACCAGCAGCAGUGAAAACGAGGCCACUGAGCUCCACAAGCUGUGGGACCGUCAAAAGAGCAUCACGUCGCUGCCCGGUGAACGCACCCCAUCAGAGUCUGACGAAAAGUCCCAGUGAUGCCCAUAAAUAGCUGAAAGAACCAUCAAACUUGAACGUGCUAAGGUCCGUAAUCGCCAAAUUCCUCAAGGCUUCGGAUCAAUAUUUAAUAGUGGAAAGUGUUCUACUGCUCUGCCGAUCUCUUCUUCUCAUAUUGUCUUUUGUGUUGCCAUAAACUCUUGAGAAAACCUGCAGGCUCCAUUGCAGACACUCCACAGGAGAGCAGAACACAUGACGACCUGAUCACCGCUCUGCACAUAGUGAAGUCUUUUAAAGAAGAAGAAAAAAAAAAAGGAUCUCCUUACUCAGACAUUGUGUAGUUCAUGUUGCUCAUAUUAUCCGACAAUAGUCAACCAGUCUUCCAUUUUGUCCUCCGUUGUCUGUACCGUAAGAGAGGUGAUUGCGCAAUGUGACUGCACUGUAUUUUUUUUUCUAUUUCCUCAUGAAUGUGGUUUUAAUAGGCACUAUUUUUUUCUCGCCGGAGAGGUUUGUCUUCUUACCGCUCCGAGAUUAUGGACGACGCAAGCAGGCAUGCCCAAUGGCCUGUAGCCAUUUGAAUAAUGUACACUCCUUAGCCACAGACAUAUGGUACGCACAAAUAUGGCAGUGGCAACACUCAAGGUUUUCUGCUUAUCUAAAUAUAGCUCUUACCAAUCAGAGAAGGUUGAGAGGACGGUAAUGGAAGGAAGGACUGACGCAAGGGAGGGAAAGAACAAGUAGCAGGCAGGAAAUGGAUGACGGUAAGAAGCAAGUUAUCAUUACCCAACCUGCUGCUUCAGGCCUCAUCAAUCCGUCUUUGAGCACCAUAUUUUCUAACGUCCAUUACUGUUCGAAUCCCCAUAGCUAUUUAAUGCAUUAAUCCAGGGACCUGCACAUUACCCGAGGAUAAAUAAAGAGCAGAAUCAGUUUGAUGAAUGCAAUCAUGGUUGAAGCACUAAAUGAAAUCAAGUAUUAUUAGUUCUAAGAUGGGUAUUUCACCUUUCUCUAAAUUAUCUCAGCAAAGUUGACUGGUGGAACUUGAGCCAUCAUAGUUUUAAUGACAGCAUGGUCAGCAAUGAGGCUGACGUGACAGACAAUAACUCAUGUGUAUUUAAUAUUUAAUGUGGGCUCGAUGGAAAGCUCUGAUGGGAAUAAUAUCCACAUCUGAGCCCGCAGAAAUGUUGCUACCGUUUUGUGCUUGUUGUGUAAUCAUGGCGGCCACUAACAGAAAAAUACAGUCGACAUUGUUUUCUAAUGAGAUCAAAUUCACGUUUUCGACUUGCACACACCUCCCAUCCAAUGAGCUUUACUUCUAGUCUGAUGUUUUUAAAGGAGGUGAGGAUUGUGAUCAUAACAUUUUUUAUACCACAUCAUGACUCCAACAUAAAAUCAUAAUUUAAUGUCUUAACCAAUCAUUAAUAUUCAAUUAUUCUCAUUCUAAGAGAUUUGGAUUUUUAUAUUAAAUUGUGGAUGAUUGUUAUUAUUCUGCUGUCUUAUGGUGUAUUGUCCGAAACAUUUCAACUUUUUAGGAGAGGAAAUGGGGCCAACAAGAUGGCGGCCCCCCACGCACUAUCGUUUAAUAUUCAUGAUGUCAAGAGAAACUCAUGUCAACGGGACCAACGUGUGUGUGCUUGUGUGUUGGUGCUCUUCUUUACAUCAUAACAAUUGGCUCUAGACGUGAUCGAAACUUGUCCAAAGGUUGCGCCAUAGCAACCAGUGCCUCACCAGCCUAUCACAAGAACUAAACCAGAUCCUUCUUAUAUUUCGUGCUUCUUCAUGCAUCAAUGCAUCAUAUCGUGCUUUGUCAGCCUUACCGUCAUAAACAUUUAACAACUAUUCAUUUCAUCGGACACCAUACAGAAGAAUCCAGAGGUAGAUGCGUAUUUAUUUGUCUGGAGUGAUCAGUGCUUUGGGAUUGUUUUUUUUGUUUGUUUCCUUUUCAUAUGGUUGAUCUUCAUGUAGAUAAUCAAAUUGUGCAAUAACAGUUAUUCAUCUCACGUCACCCUUUUAGAUUGUUGACAUGAAUGCAAAGAUAACCCUAUUUUUGUAAAGAAAACUUUCAAAAAAAAACUUAAAAGAUUCAUGUUUAUUAGAAGUAAGCUCCAUUUGGUUGUGUCAAUGUUUGAUUUAUAACUGGAAAGUGAAGUUUUCCCCCCAAACCUUUAAUAACCACUCUAACAAUAUGACUCAAAUCAACUGUUCCUUGAGCUGUCAAGGGAAAGGCACACAUUUUAGAUUAGUUUAAAGCAUCUGGCCUAAGACGUAUGUCCAUGUUUAUUAACUUUGGGAAACCUUCCCUGUCUGGUUUCAUACUGGAGAGCUUCUGGUGAUUUAUGUUGCAUGGAUGCUAGUUGAUAUACUCACACAGUGAUGCAGCGUUUUUAUCAAGGUUCAUUCAUAAAUUAAAGUGGACCUUGAUUUCAAACCGACCAUCAUUUUUUGAGGAAUCCAUUUUUUAGGGCUCUUUGGGGGAAUACGUACUGUAGGGCCAAACCAGAGAGAGCGGAGCAAUGUCAAGAGAUAUUUUUCACAAUGAAAAAUGCGUAACUUUUGUAUAUCAGGGAUGAAUAAAUGAGAUUUUAACAUGCAA